AUGUCUACAGAAAAGUUCCUUGGUCAUUCCGUUCUUCGUGACUAUGUCGUUAAUACUCUUCCGGAAAACAUAUCUUACUUGCAUUUCCUGAACUUCAACAAAGAAAUUAUCAAAACGCUCCCGUCGUACGCGAAGACUUGGAAUGCUAAUCACAGUUCAUGGAGCCAACGCUUUCUAAAAGAGAUAGAAAAUUUGGAAUAUGAAGUGGUAAAAAGGGAAUGUGAAAUACCUACAAACGUUCUGGACAUCGAUAAUGAAUCUGCGAGCUCAGGUUUGUUGCUUGAAAUACUCAAGUUUUGGAAAAAAACUUUAAGUGGGUUCGCGAAAGAAGAAUCCGUCAAAGAUAUGCUUGAUGAAGGGUGUAUUCGAUUGAUGAAGUUAUCGGGAGAAUCUCAAAUUCGGGGAGUUGAAAAUUUGUAUAAGUCAUCGUCUGAAGCACAAAUGGAAAAUUUAGAAGAGGCUCCGGGUGAAUUCCAACCACCAUCAAAAAGGCUUAGGAGGGAUGAAGAUGAACAGCCACGAACUCCUGAGGAUAAGAUAGCACAUUCCCAUCAUGUUUCCAAUAUUCGAACUACCAGCGAAACGGAAACGGAAAUAGCUUAUAGUGAUUCAAAUGACGAAGAAUUCUCCUCAACUUCCCUUACAAACAUCUCGGAGGCUUCGCAACAAUCUGAUACAAAUAUAGAAAACUCUGAUUUAGCGUCAGCCCAAAUAACCAAUCUUCCAAAACAAAGAAAAUAUAUUAAUCGGGACAUAGCAGACGAUGUUUUAAAAAUGUAUCAGAUAAGUGUCCUGCCGGGUGAAAAACUUGUUUUUAAUGGUGUAAAUAUGUUGGAUUCUGCGUACUCAAAUAUGAGAAAAAUGAAGAAAACCGAAGUGGCGAAGAGUCCACUUCACAUUAACGUCAUUAAUUUCCAUAAUCUCGAUUGUACGAAAUAUUUACCCAACAACUACAACAAUCACAUCGCAAAUCAACUUCGGGACAAGAAUAGUGAGGCCAUCAAUUUUGCUAACGGAAAAAAAAUCGACAAAUUCAUUGUAGAUUGUGAAGAGCAAGUUCUGGAUUAUUUGGAUAAGUUUUACGAAGUAGACGAUUUGGAAACUCUAGGAGAAUGUUUGGUUGAAAAUCAAAUAAAUAUUUCUACUGCGUCAAACGAUCUCAUCUAUGUGCAGAACCUAUUUUACCACUUUUUCUGUUUAUAUAAAAAUGACUUCUUAACUCAAACUAUGUCCGAAGGAGAAUUUAAUUCAUAUAUCUGGACGCCAUUAUUGAGAAAUGCAUUUCUUGGCAAAAAUGACCUUAAGCUAAACUAUGGGGAACUGGCAUCUGGAUCGUAUGGGAAGUUAAAAGAACUUCUGGACAUUGGUGGCCGUAGUGAACCGAAACUAGACGGAAAAGGCUUACUCAAGUCUUUGGGAACUGAAAUGUUAGUUCAGGAGGACGGUGUCCUAAACACGCGGGGUAAAAGGAAAGACGAUCUGCAAAAACUAGAAUAUUGUUCGAAGGUCAUUUUAACAACUCUGUUUUUUUCGUUACCUUCAACUGCUAAAAGCAGUAUCACGAAUAUUGAAACAUACAGCCUACAAUCAAAUGGAUUCCGUCUAACAAUCUCUGUAUCAAAGUAUCUGUUUGAAGAUACUGUCAUAAUGAUGGAUUUGCAAGAUGUUGAAAUCCCACGGACUGUCGAAGGGUUUUCAAAUCUAAUAAUGGCCGUAAAAGUGAUUUUAUCUUGGAAGGCACGUACUAGAAGGAAUACAAUGGCAUUCUAUGAAGCGUUAAAGAAAGGUCGUAAACGUUUAACAAAUGGUGUUCAUUUUUCACCUAAAAAGGCUUAUCCGGCUAAAGAAAAAGUCCAAAAUCUGAUUGGCCGAUCAUCUCGUGAUUUAGCCGAAGGCGCUGUGCAUAGAAACUCGCCAGCGCCUGGAACACUCCUAGAACUAUCGAGGAACUGUCGUGGAACUGGCAGGGAUCUAGGGUGA